AUGGAGGUAUCUGAUGCUGCUCAGACUCGGAGCCCCUACCACGAGAACCGCGCGCCCGAAACUAGCGGAAGCGAGAGUUCGAGGGACAAGACACCCAGUCAAAAUACAACAGAAAGGAUGGCGAACAUUGCAAAGAAACGGCGACUUGACGAGGCAGGUGAAGCGCAAGUCAUACUCGGGUUGACAGAAGCCGACGUUGAUGGUAGAGCGAGAACGGAGGCGACAGAAUACGGUGCUGUUUCCGGUCAUGCAAUGGCGCCCUCCAAACCAUCGCCAAUGAGCCAUCCAAAUGCGCAAGAGAAGCCCACACACAUCCUACAAUCCAUAGAAGUCGAUGUCAUUGAGCAACAGGAUGUGGUGGGAUUGCCCACCAUAGAAGACGAAGUACCAUUUGCAAACAUGGAAGACUUCGAGGCAACCAAUGUCACAACCAGGAAGCGCUCACCCAGGUCUCCCUCACCAAUCGAAGAUCCAAGGCUUCCUCAAUGGAAGGCUGAAACUCGGUCAUUCAAGGGAAAUAUGUUCUGUCACCAUCAAUCCCCUGGAACAGCCAUCGAGACAGCCAAAGCCGCCCACAAUGGGGAUCUUUUCGUGGAUGGAGCUCCACAGUUCACCAUCUUCUGUGACGGAUCCAGCGAGAACACUCGCUUUGCACAGUUUCGCGGGGAUAAGGGAGGAUACGGUGUGGUCUUUCGGGACCCCUACGAAACCGUUGGUCAUAAUGGUGUAGACCUUGCUCCCAACCGCCUCAAACCCGAAUUCUUCGGCAAAGAGAAAGAGAAAGACUGGGAUGUGGAAGACUUUGUGAUCUUGAACUGGUUAAACCGCAAGGUCUAUAGUGCCGAUCAUGCGGAAAUCAGCGCUCUUUCACAGGGACUAGAUGAGAUUUUCUCGGAUCCGGCCAGCUGUCAAAGCCGCAUCAACAAGGGAAUACUUGUUGGCGAUGACUUUGUGUCAGGCGGCAAGAACCUUAUGUCAGAUGACAGCAAUGCCACGUCGGGAAAAAAACGCCAGAGAACUGAGGUCACUUUUUAUGACAAGCACACAAACCCCUUUGUACGCGCAAUUGUCUGGCAGUCGCAUUAUCUCUUCGAACGUGGCUGCACGAUAGAAAUCCACUGGAUGCCUCGCAACUGCACUUUUGCCGCGUUUCUCGCAGAUCAUGUCGCCGGUUUGUGGCGGCUAGAAAACGCCGAGUUCAGCCAGUCGAAUCUCGCACGCGAAGAAAGGGACGGGAUCAUGGACAAGCUGAGCGAGGAGGUCAACGAGAUAGUGCGUGAAAGAUCUACGCCUCCACCUAAUUCUCGACCUUCCAAAAAGAGGAAGGUGAAAAGACCACCAUCGAAGAAUAAGCGCCUCACCAAAAACAUGAAGCGCGCGCAGAAAAAGCCCAAGGACAGCAAGAAGUCUCGCUCGGCUAACAACCUCAACGCCCGGUCAUUUCCUUUUCGCCCCUCACCGUCACCAUACGGUCAACCUUCUUCUUCUCAGUGGGUCCCAAGUAACCCAUUUCCGCCUGCCCCGACUCCCUCUGUCAGUGAGCCGUUCUUGCGCAAAGACCAUUACCCCUCAGCAGAGCAUCGCGUGCCCACGUUGGAUACGUUUCCAACAUGGCUCUUUCGAGAUCCUACACCGCCUCGUAUGGUACGUGCUCCGACGCCUGGGCGCUAUUGGGAGAUAGAGGACGAGAAUGAGAUUGAGGUUGGCAUUGUUCGGAACGAGGAGGACAGGCUGAGGGAGAUGGAUAGUGAGGACGAGAAGAAAGAGGAAGAGCAGGAUAAUUGUAGUGGAAAGGAUGACGAGAAGGAGAGCAAAGAGUAG